AUGCAGUUCUUUCAGUCUAUCAAACCUUUCAAGACACCUACAAGGGUUGAUACAGAAUGGAAGAGGAAGGUUGCACAGACUAUGAUUAACAAUCUUGAUGAAUCCAAGCUUGCUAAAAGCAUCUGCUCUCAGUUUCGAGCUCGACUCAACAACUCUCAUGAGUCUUUCUCAACGUCUCUUCGUCAACUUGAACAAAAGCAUUCUGGUAGGUUAGAGAAAACUGAAGAACAGAGAAUGAAAGUAAGGAAGGUCUAUGCUCCUCGGUUAGCCCGUCUUGCUCUAGAGAGUACUUCACUCAGGGAUAUGGUGCUCUAUGGAAUGCCAAAACUUGAGCGAGAGAUUGGGCGUGGUCAAUAUGGGGUGGUAUACUCAUGUCGUUCUUGGGGUGGUGUGACCCACUGUGCUGUCAAAUCUGUUGUACCUCCAGAUGAUAAACAUUGGAAUGACUUGGCCAUGGAGUUCCACUACACAAGAUCCAUUGCUGAACAUGAUCGUAUCGUGGCAUUGAUUGGUUCUGUGAUUGAUCAUGGAUACGGUGGAAUGGGCUGUUCUCCAGCAGUAUUACUUCUGAUGGAGCGAAUGCAGCGAGAUCUUCAUACUGCUAUCAAGGCAAAUAUGGAACUACCUGAGAGAUUACAAGUAGCUUUAGAUGUAGCUGAGGGUGUACGGUAUCUUCAUAGUCUUGGUCUGGUUCAUAGGGAUAUCAAGCUCAAGAAUGUAUUGUUGGACAAGCAUGAUAGAGGAAAGAUCACAGAUCUUGGAUUCUGCAAGCCUGAAGCAAUGAUGAGCGGUAGUAUCGUUGGAACACCCAUUCACAUGGCUCCAGAACUCUUUUCUGGCAAAUAUGACAACAGUGUAGAUACAUAUGCAUUUGGUAUCUUACUGUGGUAUGUGUGUGCAGGUCAUGUCAAGCUUCCUCAGGCCUUUGAACAGUGUGCCAAUAAAGAUCAUCUAUGGACAUCUGUCAAGAAAGGUGUGAGACCAGAGAGGCUGCGCCCUCAGUUUGAUGAUGCUAGCUGGAAUCUAAUGAAAUCAUGUUGGGCAGGAGAACCAUGUGAGAGACCUCUACUAGGAGAGGUGCAAUCUAAACUACAAGAUAUUUAUACCAAAGCAAAGGUUAAGAGAGACGCUGAGGGAGGAGGACCAACACAGCAGAAUCAUACAUGUAGGUCUGAUACACUCUAGAAAGAAAGGCUAAGAAGAGACGCUGAGGGGGGGGGGGGGGCCAACACAGCAGAAUCAUAGGUCUGAUACACUCUAGAAAGAAAGGCUAAAAGAGACGCUGAGGGGGGAAUGUCUCAUUCACUCUAGAAAGAAAGGAUAUGGGCAGACACUGAGGGAGGAAGACCAACACAGCAGAGUCAUAGGUCUGAUAAACUCUUGAAAGAAAGGCUAUGGAGAGACAUCGUGUUUGACUGUAAACCUAUUGCAUUGAACAGAAGAUUGUAACCGGGAUGAUCCUUGCUAUUGCCUAGUCUCAAAGCUUAGACCAUGAUUGAAAGUCUAAUCAACAAGUGGUUCUUGAGACAAGACUAUAAACAGAAGUAGAACUUGUUUCAAUUUCAAACACAAGUUCCAGUUAAGGCCUUUAGGUUGCAAAUUCAGACCACUUUCAUCUAGCAAAAGGGUUUGCUUAUCAAACCAGCUAUGUUACUUUAGUGUGAAGUGUAUGAAGUAAGAAUCGUUCAAAAAUCCAAUUCAGUGUGUUUGAUGAGGGCUAGUCUUCAGAUAGAAGCCAAAAAGUUACAUCCUCUAAUAAGAACUAUAAGCUAGACAACUCUUCAAACACCAAGUUGAAGCUCAAGACAUGAAAGAAAGUCAAUAUUUCUUCUUCUUUUUUCUUGUAAAAGAGCACCACUCAAAGCUUUUCAUUGUCACUAUAUGGUUAUCAUGACAAGUUUGAUGGAGUUGAUACAUGUAGGUAGUGGUUUCACUUAGUCACUAUGAAGGGAGAUCUAUUACCAAGGUUAAGUGUUAUUACCAAGGUUAAGUGUUACUAUUACAAGGUUGAUAGAGCUAAUAGGUAUUGAUUUCACUUAGUCACUCUGAAGGAGAUCUAUUACCAAGGUUAAGUGUUACCAUUACAAUGUUGAUGGAGCUAAUAGGUGGUGGUUUCAUUUGUUCACUAUGAAGAGAGAUCUCUUACUAGGCUAAGUGUUAAGUUCAUUUUACCAAUCAAUGUGCUAUAAAUGUAUGUGAGCGUGAUCGGUUCAUCACGGACGGACAUUUGAUAGAUUUUGAAAACUUUGAAGGCUUGUAACAAAUUAGGAAUAAGAUGAACAUGGUUCCUUUGUGUUUUAUACAUGUAGUGAAGGGUAGGGCAAAGUAUGUUGAAUGAUGAAAAAAAUUUGUUGCCAUGGUUACCUACAAACAUAGGUAGCCACUAAAUGUGCCAUAUCACGGACGGACAUGAUAGAAAUGUGGUUUUCAGAAUUUUUGAACAUUUUUAUUGUUUCUAUCUAAAUAGCUUAACUUUGACCAAUAAUUGUUAAUGCAACUUACACUCGGGUAUGUUAGCUUCUAUGUUUAGCAUAUUGAAUUCUUAACCAAUAUCAAACUUCCGAGAGAAUUGCAAAUAUUUUCCAUCACGGACGGACAUCUCGGACGGACACAAUUAAAAUACAUUGGAAGUACCUUGUAAGAAGUUCUUAUUACUUGUUUGGGGGAACAAAUGCUAUUGUAUUGAUGAUUUGUACAUUCUUUAUAUGAUUAAACAAUAUUAGUUGCACAAUCAAGUUUCUACAACUUCAAUCAAGUUGCUACAACUUGAUUUAAGUUGUAGCAACAUGAUUUCUAUGCUAGACACACAAAAUAAUCUAGCCAUAUGAUUGCUUUUAAACACAGUUCUUUUCAAAAUCAAAUAUCCUAAUGCACAUUGUCUUCUUUUCAAUUUAGAGAAUACUGUAGUUGGUACCAAAUCAGCAUCCAGUGGAUCAAUGAUCAUGUUGAUACUUUUCAUGAUAUAUCAUGAUGAUACAUGUUCAUACAUUUUUAGGCAUUAAUUUUUGAAGAGCACAGAUUUUUUUAUGUCCAGUAACUAAAUCCAGAAGAUUCACAGGUUGCUUAUCAUUAUGCUUGUUUGGUGGAUCAAGUAUGACCACGACACUUGUCUAGGCUCUCUUCAAAUUCAUCUUUUGUCCAUAUUAAAGUGGAGGGUUACACUUCGUAAUUCCGAAGGUUCUUGAUUCCGAAGGUUCGUAAUUUCAAAACACGCAAAUUGCCUAUACCUCGAUGUUUGUUAAUCCGAAAACGUAAAAGGGUUCGUUAGUCCGAACAUUUGUGGCGUUAUUCCGAAGGUUCGAUAAUCCGAAAACGAAAUAAGGUUCGAUGUUCUGAAGGUUCCUUAAUCCGAAAACGAAAUAAGGUUCGUUGUUCUGAAGGUUCGUCAUUCCGAAAACGAAAUAAGGUUAGUUAAUCAUUUAGUUUUCGGACUAACGAACCUCAUUUCUUUUUCGGAUUAACGAACCUUCGGAAUUACGAACCUCACUUCGUUUUCAGACUAACGAACCUUCGGAAUUACGUACUUCAUUUCUUUUUCGGACUAACGAACUUUCGGAAUUACGAACCUUCGGAAAUACGAACCUUCGGAAUAACGAACCUUCGGAAUAACUGAACCUUUGGAAUAACGAAGCUUCGGAAUUACGAAUGUAUGCGAAAGUGGAGACACCCCUUCACAUCAACAGCCCUCAUGUAUUUAGGCCCUGACUGAAUCCAAAAUUGAAAUCAGAUACCAAUUAAACUUCUAAACACUGCAGUGCAAGCUUUAUAUGAAUUGUAUGCAUUUUCACAGAUUUCUAGAUCAGCAAUUUGCUCAAAAUUAGCUCCAAAAUGGACUUUAAAAAAAAGGAAUUCUUGUACUUUUCACAAGCCUCUGCUUAUCAGAAUAUGCAUUCUCCUUUCUUCUUUUCCAUCACUUUCUGCAAGCUUCAAUUGAUGAAAUAUACAGCUUUUGACUUAUUCUUGCUAUAUUUCAUUUCCUGCUUUUUGGCAUACAUGUAGCUUCCAACUCUAUCUGCAUUCCAAUUAUGAUUUUAAAAAAUUCCUGACAACAAUUAAACCCCAAUAACAGCCAAAGAAAGAUUUCACAAAAAAUUGUGAAGAGUUGUAGGUUUCCAUCCAUUUGAGUUCUGAAUAAUUCUCAGUGCCAUUUUCACUGCAAAUUGGAACUAAAAUUAAAUUCAUAAUCUGCUCAGUAUUUGCUCAUUGUCUGUCCGUGAUGAAAUUAAUGUCCGUCUGCGAUUAUUUUGAUUGAUUUAUGAUAUGGAUAAAAUGUAUGGAUUUUAGCUAUUUUCAAAUGAAAUGAUGUACAGAGUCUAGUGAGAUGCUUCUACACACUUUUAUUUUUGUUUCUAUUCUGAUAAAGAAUAAAAAGCUGAAUCCAUACAUAUUAUCCAUAUCAUAAACUCAAUAAAAAUAAUUACGGACGGACAUUAAUUUCAUCACGGACGGAAAUUUCAAAAUGGAAUGUUAACAUCUAGCAGAAAAAUUUACUUCCCAUAUUUUUUCUACUAAUUUAUGUUUGAUGAUAGAUUAAUGUUCAGAGUGCAAGAAAAUCCAAACCAAAUUGGAGUAACUUUGAAAACAAUAAAACUAGAGUGAAUUGAAUUUGAGUGAAUUUACAUUGUCCGUCCGUGAUGAAAUUAAUGUCCGUCCGUGAUCAUUUUUGAUCGAGUUUAUGAUAUGAAUAAAAUGUAUGGAUUUCAGCUAUGUUCAAAUAAAAUGAUGUACAGUGUUUAGUGAGAUACCUCUACACCUUUUUAUUUUUUAUUUCUAUUCUGAUAAAAAGUAAAAAAACUUUUUAUAUUUUUUUUCAUCACGGACGGAAAUUUCAAAAUGGAAAUGUUCACACCUACCAAAAAGAAUUAGUUCCCAAUAUUUUUUUUCUACUAAUUUAUGUUUGAUAAUAGAUUAAUGUUCAGAGUGCAAGAACAUCCAAACCAAAUUAGAAUAACUUGAAAAACAAUAAAACUAGAGAGAAAUUAAUUUGAGUAAAAAUGUCCGUCCGUGAUGAGAGGUAAUAGCACCCCCACAAAUAAAAUGGACUAUUCCAGUACUUUCGGAUUUAUCAAUCUUCAUGAAACUGAGUUCUUUGAAACCUGAGAUAUCAAAGAUUGUCUUAAAAGCAAUUUUGAUAGAAAUAUUUAUAAAAAAAAAUUUCACCUCAAUGCUAACCCUUAACCGAUCAUGCUCAUAUGUUAUUUCAUGCAUACUGCUAGUAUGUGCCUUUUAUUGAAAUGCAGAAUGAAAUAAAUAAAAUCCCUUGAAAAAGAUGCAAUGUUAAUCAAGGACGAAAUUAUGAUUGCAGGUUUCUUUUUCAAAUAUUUGAUAUCUAGUAAAAGCAAAUUAUUAUUAACUUUUCAUUUUCGGAGUAAUGAAGAAGUGAUUUCUACAUUUCUUUUAUUUUUAUGGUGAAUUUGAGUAAAGGUUGUUAUUUUUGUUUCAUUGCCUCAUUGCCUCAUUGCCAAGAAUUAAAGAAUGGCAUGUGAGAAAACGUGAAGUGGCAAUAAGUGAAAUAAUAAUGUACAUGAAUUUUGAGACACACAGUGUACUUACAACAAUGACAUAUUUUAUCAUAGCAUAAUGAAACAAUUUAUAUGAUUUUAUUACAUGAUGCAAAGGUGUGUAUGGAUCAAGGCUGCCAUUGAAGUUCAUAUGUGUGAUAAUGUUUAAUUUUCCAACCUUAUUUGUGUAACUUCUUUUCAUAGAUUUUUCAUCUGUCUUGCGCUUCCGAUAAUAUUAAAUCCCUGAACCCUUUUUGUCUCACCUGCAUAGCAGAGUGAGACUAUAGGCGCCGCUUUUCCGACGGCAACGGCAGCGUCAACACCAAAUCUUAAAGGUCAAGUCCACCCCAAGAUAAUGUUUAUUUUAAUAAAUAGAGAAAAAUCAAACUAGCAUAACACUGAAAAUUUCAUCAAAAUUGGAUGUAAAAUAAGAAAGUUGUGACAUUUUAAAGUUUCGCUUAUUUUUUCAAAAAAGAGUGAUAUGCACAACUCAGUGACAUGCAAAUGAGACAGUCGAUGAUGUCUAUCACUCACUAUUUCUUUCGUUUUUAGUUGUUUGAAUUAUACAAUAUUCAAAUUUUUACAGAUUUGACAAUAAGGACCAACUUGACUGAACAAUAUUGUAUUAAACAAUGCUAAUUCCACAUGUUCAGGGAGAAAUCAAUCGUUGUUUCACUUGACAAUAAGGAGAAAAUUAUAAUAUUUCAUAUAAUAAAAUAAAAAAGAAAUAGUGAGUGAAUGACGUCAUCAGUCUCCUCAUUUGCAUACCGACCAGGAUGUGCAUAUAACUGUUUUGUGAAAUUAAGCAAAACUUUAAAAUGUCAUAACUUUCUUAUUUUACAACCGAUUUUGAUGAAAUUUUUAGUGUCAUGCUUGUUGGAUUUUUCUCUUUUUAUUCAAAUCAACUUUUUGUUAACGAAGGUUAAGUUUUUGAAAUGACAGCAUAACUUACAGAGUAUGUGGACCUAGUUCAUGAAACUUGGAAAAUAACUUUAAUCAAGUAUUACUGAACAUCUUGCCUGAGUUUCAAGUCACAUGACCAAGGUCAAAGGUCAUUUAGGGUCAAUGAACUUAGACCAUGUUGGGAAUCAACAUCAAAAUCUUAACCUAAGGUUAAGUUUGAAAUGUCAUCAUAACUUAGAAAUAUAUAUGGACAUGCUUCAUAAAACUUGGACAUAAGGUUAAUCAAAUAUUACUGAACAUCCUGCCUGAGUUUCAAGUCAUAUGACCAAGGUCAAAGGCCAUUUAGGGUCAAUGAACUUUGGCCAAGAUGGGGGUAUCUGUUGAAUUACCAUCAUAUCUAUGAAAGUUUAUUGGUCUAGUUCAUAAAACUUGGACAUACAAUGUAAGAGUAAUCAAGUAUCACUGAACAUCCUGUGCAAGUGUCAGGUCACAUGACAAAGGUCAAUGGACUUUGGCCAUGUUGGGGGUAUUUGUUGAAUAACCAUCAUAACUCUGAAAAUGUAUGGAUCUAGUUCAUAAAAUUUGGACAUAAGAGUAAUCAAGUAUCACUGAACAUCUCAUGCAAGUUUCAGGUCACAUGACCAAAGUCAAAGGUCAUUUAAGGUCAUUGAACUUUGGCCAAUUUAGAGGUAAUUAUUAGAUUGCUGUCAUAACUUUCAAAGUUUAUAGAUAUAGUUUAUAAAAUGUGGAUAUAGGGGUAAUUAAGUAUCACUGACAAGUCUUAGGUCGCAUGAUCAAGGUCAAAUGUCAUUUAUUGUCAAUGAACGUAGUAUUGUAUCAUAUGAAUGGUGUUUUUUGUGAAUAAUUAUUUAUAGAGUUUUCAUAGUCAGCACUGCUGCUAUAUUGAACCGCGUGAUGCAGGUGAGAGUCCCAGAGGCGCUCCACUUGUUGUCAUGACUGAGAAAGGUUGUACCCUAUUAUGAAUUUCAUUUUUGCAUGAAUUCUACAAUUGUUGAGUUUUAAUAGAUUUUCAAUCAAAACUUUUCAGAUAUUUGAGUAAACAUAUAUAUACAUAAAUUUUCUCAAACAUAAAAUAAUUAAGAUUAUUGGAAUCGCCCAUAUAAAUAUUUUGAAAUACAUGCAUAGCUGAAUCAGAUCAUGAGAUUCCUGACAUUUUAUCCAGAUUUUAAUAGUUUUUCAUGUUUGUGGAUCUAUACACAACAAAAAAAGUAAGUCCCCCCUUAAACAAACAUCAAUAAUUUCCGAACCAAUGCAAGUUUUUAAUAUAUUUUUACAUGAGCCUGUAGGUAAUUUUAUAAGCUACCCUCUGAGUAAACGUUAUGGACGUAUUUCACUUCAUGCUUCAGUGAGCACCGUCAGAAGGCAAAAAUGUCACUUUUCAAAAGUCACAAGCCAAAUAUCAUGACUUUGAUUCCAUUUUAUUGGAACUAAUUCCACAUUCUCAUCAUAAAAAAUAGUCAGAAGGCUUGUAAAAGGUACUCUCUAAAAGACGAUACAACUUUUUUGGCUAAAUUUCACGGUUGAAUAAACACAAGUUCAAAUUUGCUAUAAUUGGAUUUUUUACACAUUUAUUUCAAUAAAAAUGAUAGAAUAUGAUGACAGUUAUUUUUGGAAGAGUUUUUUCAACAAUAUUCAUCGUUUCACGGUUCAAUGAACAUUUAUUGAAAACAAAAAUACGAUUUUCAAAUAUAAUAGGCAAGUAUUGGUUCAUAUUGGGAACUGAAAAUGAUCUUUUCUCAACUUUUUCGCUAUGUUCAUGACCAAUUAACAUGCUUCAAUGAUUCAAAGGCGUUUAAUUAAAUAUCCACGCUUGAAUGAACAUGUGGAAUGCGAUUAGCUCUUUUUUACGUUAUUGGAAAAAAUGCAAUUUGUUACUAUGGAUAUCUGUCACAAACCUCCUUGCAUAGUUCAUUUGAUUUGAUUUUUAUGAAAAUCCCAAUGUUUAAUGCAUCAUUGAGCACACAAUAUUCGAAAAUUAUGCAAAUGAGAAGAAAGUUCAAGGCCUUGGCCCCACUCUGUGUAGUAUCGAAUGGUUAUUUUGGUGUGCGCGCCUUUUGGAUAGUGUUACUCUGAAGCCAUGUACGAAGUUUCAUGAAAUAACUAUUGGCAGAAGUAGCAAAAACCGUCCAUGAAACAAACCCUCAUUUCAUAUUUGUUAAAAUUUUGACUUCGUCUCUCAUAGACUUGUGUACAUUAUGGGUGCACAUGUUUAAGAAUAAGUAACCCCUUAUUCAAUAUGGUGGAACUUUUUUUCACGGCUGUCUUUAGCAAUGUCAUUUGGCAGUAAUGUUUAUCAACCUAUGGGCAGAAUUCUGUGCAAAAAUGAAAUCGAUUUGUUUAUUUAUGGAUGAGUGAGCACACAUCAAAGUGGGAAAAUUUGUAUUUUCAAUGUCACAGACUCAAUUUAAAGGGUAAUAAAGUGAAUAUUGGGGGCAAAUUCGGUUUCAAAUAAGACUUUAAUUGCUAUUGUUUUUAUCAUCCAUCAUUUCUAUCAACACACACUUUCCGAACUUUAAACAUUUUCAUGGUUGAGCGAGCACAUUCGAAAACUUAGGAAUGAAUACUCUUUAUACUGCAUAAAUGUAUUCUUUUCCUAACAAUUUCUCAUGAUCAGUUUAAUUUAUGGACAAAUCAGUGGUGGGUCCAGAAUUUUAAAAUGGGGGAGGGGCCUAUAAUCGGGGGAGCCACCAACAUUUUCAAAUUCUAACAUGAUCUAACAAGUUGCAGAGGAUACUACCAUAAACCCCUAUGAUGAUACGUCACAAUACAAGCGCCGGGGAAGGGUUUUCAAAGUGGGGGGGGGGGGGCUGACCAUGCAAAAAAUCACAAUCGUAUGGUUAUUUUUACAUUUUUUACAUGCUUUUGAAAAAAAGUGGGGGGGACUGAAGCUCCCAGCCCCCACCCCCCGCCCCCCCCCCCCCCCCCCCCGCUUCCGCGGCCCCUGCAAUACAUUGUGCUCACUCAACCAUGAACAUUGAUAUCAAAAUUGUGUGUGGAGUGGCUAAAUGAUGGAUAGUAAAACAGCAUAAUACCAUAAAAUUCACCUAAAGACAACAUUUGCCCAACUUUGUAUUUGCACAAUCUGAAAAACGACUCAUGUUACUUUAAAAAAUUGUCAUUUUUAAUUCAAUCUUUAAUUACUCAUGCAUGACUCAGCCGAUCAAUCUUAUUUUUCCCCAGGAGUUGCUUAAUGAGUGUAGAAAACCACCUACGGAAUAUCAUAUCUCAAAAUAAUUCUGUUCAAAAGUUACAGCAAUUUGAUUUAGGGGGGACUUACUUUUUUUGUUGUGUAUACAAUAGAUAUUGUAGAUAUAAACUUGAGCUUGAAAUUCAUUUGGCUGUGGCUGUGUAUGCCCAAUCUUCAUAUGGCAAUAUAUAUUGAAAUAAAUGAUGUAUUGUAGAAUAUACAGUAUCUUCCAUUCUCUUUUGGCCUAUUUAUAUGUAUAUAUUUUUUUUUCUACUAAUAUCCCAUUUCUAACUUAUUGAUUGUUUCAUUAUCUUAUAUUUAUCUCACUCUCCUUUGCACUGGCAAUGUAAAUUAGUAACUCAAAAAACAUUGUUUCAAUUUUGAAAUGGUAACAUAUGUUGUUUUCACUGUAGAUGCAAUAUUUUUCUCUUGUUAGAUAUAAAUUUAGUUGUACUCUUUAUGCCACUAUAACUGCCACAGCUCCACUUUUUUUUCAAUACACUCUCUUUUUUGUUAUACAUGUUUCAGUAAUAAAACUUUUAUUGUUUAUCUCUAUAUUUGACUCUAUAUAUAUGACAAUAUGGCUAUUUAAAAACUCAUAGCGGGGGGGGGGGGGGCUUUUUGAACCCCCUCCGAGAUAUUGGUUGUUGAUCGUGAAAAAAAUUGGCAUGCACAUCACUUAGGACAUAAUCUCCAAAUUGAAUAGUUGAUUUUACCAAAAUGAUUUAAAUUAUUUUUAAUUUAUCAAUUAUGCUAAUUAAUGCAUGAAAUCUUAAUUUGGCUCUAUAUUUUUAAAUAUAGCUCCAAUACUGGUAAAUUGUGGUCUGGAUACUCUUUGUAUGAUUAUUAUCAAAUGUAUAAUUGAAAGAUGGUGAUAUCAACAUUUCUUUAUCUAAAGAAUUGUUGAAAAAUUGAUCAGUAAAAGUAAAAAUAACAAUACACAUCUAUAAAUUUUGGCUAAAUAGAGAAUUUGUACACGAAAUCACUCUUCUGAGCAAUUUUGGGUCUGAGAUGCAUUUACGAAAUGUUGCGUACGGUAACUUUGUAACCAUGUACCCAGGCUAGAUAGGGUUACAUUAUUUUUCCAUCUUUCUCUUUCUCUCGCUCUUGCUCUAGCACUCUCGAAUUUUUGUCCAAAAUGUUUGCCUUAUAAAUUUAAAGCAAUGUGCAUGAGACUCUAUCUUGUUGUAAAAUGGUGUUAAAUAAUGUAUGUAUGUAUAUAUAUAUUGCAAAAUACCAAAUGCAUUAAGGUGCUAGUCCAAGCACAUAUUUCUACUUUUGAUGUGGACUUUUGAAUAUUUAUUAGAAUCUCUACAUGAGAUGGUGUAUACAGAAAAUUACUAUUUUUUUUUUAUUUCUAAAAUCAUGUUAAGAAAUCAUCUAUAUACCAUUGUAAUUCAUAUGUGAAUAGUAUUGUUUUAUUUUCUUUUGGUUUGUCAUUUGUGUUUGUUGAAUAGCUUGGCAUUGACUAAAUGAAUUUGUUUUAAUACCCAUGGGGCAUUUAACACUUCCCUUUUGAAGAAUUUGAUUUUUUUUCUAAAAUUUCCUUGCAUAGAUAAAAGCAUUUAAUUGUUUCAAUCUGUACUAAUCUCAAUUGACCACUCUUCACCCAGGUGUAAAUUGGAUACCAGCAUGAUUGAAUUCCUUUAUGGCUGUUGGGUGCAGUAUUAGGAGAUUAAUGUGUAUCUUUGUUGUUUUAUUUUUUACUUGUAUCUCCUUUCUAUGUGUGAUCAAUUGUCAUCCAGUUAUGAUGCGUAGGCUAUGGUGAGCAAUAAACAGUUGAUUUCAUGGUAUCCCUUUCAAUUUGGCAUUAAUCCUCAUUCAAUACUAACUCUAAUAAUUGUUUUCAUGCUUGACCCCAUUGAUAUUGGAUUCAUAACUGUAUCUCUGUAUAACUGUAUAACUGAGGACUUUGAAACGGAGGGUCGUGGUUUCAAAUCCCAGCCAUGGGUAAUUUCCUUCAGCAAGGAAUUCAUCCACAGUGCUGCACUCGACCCAGGUGAGGUAAAUGGCUACCGGCAGGAAGUAAUUCCUCAAAAAAGCUGUGUACACCGAAUAGGUAGCCUAGCUUAGCCGGGUAAUAAUAGCAGGGCCCGCUGGGAGAACAGUUUUCGGAACUGAAGUGGCUACCCUGGGUAAAUAUACCUUUAUUAUUAUUAUUAUCUCUUCACUUAAAUGCAACUAGUAAAUAGUUAUGUUAAGUAGGGUAACAUGAUUACUAAUUACAAAAUGUUCAUCUUGUAUUGUUGAUGGAACCCAAACUUAUUUUUUGUUUCAGUUUUUAAAUUUGUUGACAUCAGUAUCAUAAUAAUCAUUAUCAUUAUUAGUAUCAUUAUUAUAUUAAUUAUUAUUAUUAUUACCUUUAUUAUUUUUAUUAUUGAUUUUGUCUUUUUUUAUUCAUUUUUUCAUUUAUUUUACCUAUCAAGUGGAAUAUGAUAUUUCCAUCAAUUUCCUAAUAUAUAAAUUUCAAGAUGUUAUGUUAUAUUCAAAUGUCAAUGAUUCAUCUGGAAAUGCAAGACUGUAUAGCCAUCUCUAAUUGUCAAUGGUCAAGCCAGCAAUCUUUGUCAGUAAUAAAAUAUUAUGCAAUA